AUGAUAAACAUAUCGACGUAUAUUGAGUAUCGAGGAUAUAGAUGUGUGUAUCUUCCUACUUACUCUCCUGAGCUUGAUCUAAUUGAACAAUUAUGGGCAGUGGAAAAGAGUAAGGUUAAGCGUCAUAGGAUUUUGCAGGAAGACACUUUGUCCAAGAAGAUUACAGGAGCCUGUAACAAUGUGAAGCAAAGUCCUUUCAAAGGAUUCGUCUCGCACCCUUACCAGUGUUGGGUAUCUACAAGUAACUUAUUAACACGCGGUCAAGCCAUGUGCCUUGUACUUGAUAUGGUGCCCACUGUUGACAACCGACGAAAAGCAAACGAGAUAGUAGACAGCAAUGUGUUUAAUGUUACGUAUACCGAAGAUCAAGGCCCACUGCAUCCUUUUGCCAUGGGGAAGUCAAUUAUCGAGAAGAAUCCGUUUAAAUACAAGACUUAUCUUAAGACGCCGCCUACCAGCCCAACUUUAAAUCCAAGCAAUACUGUGACCAGUGAUAGGAUCAGCGAUUUAAUCAACAACAGUAACAAAAACAAUGGCGACGAUAGCGACUCAAGUACCGAUGAUUCAAUUGACUACAACACCCGAAGUCUACUAUCGACCACCAAGUCAAUGUUUUUUAAGAAUGUUAAAAACAAAGACCUGUUCGACUAUGGCUUUUAUACCACAACGGACAUCUACAACAACAUCACAAAGAAAAUGCCACGACUACCCAAGGUUAUAACUGUGUCAAAGUUUGGAAAAAUUAUCAAAGACAAAGACUUCGGCAAACGGUUCUCCAAAUGUGUUGGGCAAAAGUCUGUCAAAGGACGAAUGUUAUACACUCCCACAAAAGAAUGUUUGGACCUCCGCAAAUAG